UUUGCCUCUACCUGUUGUAUUACUUAGUAUUUGAGAAUUUUUUAAGUUUUUUUUUUCAAUCAUAUGUUUUCGGUUCCAAAUUUUUUUAUCUGAAUUUUUCCCUUUGAUUUGGUGAAAAAUCGGUUCAAAUCGUAAUUAUGGGCAUCCGAGGGCUUGAAACGUUCCUUCACAACCAUCCGGAAUGCAACAGGCCGGUGAACCUAGGCGAGCUUGCCAUCAGAUACAAGAGGGAAUAUCAAAAGAAUCCUAUGCUAAUAUGGGAUAUAAGCUCGUCCAUUAUACAUUUGUACAACAAAUGCUGGGUGCCAGGCGGGCAGUUGAAAGAGUUCGCCUACGCCCUCGAGUUGUUCGUCCACAAACUCAAGGCCGUGGGUAUCGAGCUUACAGUUUUCAUCGACGGCCCCAUCCUAAAAGAAAAGCUGAAAAAUAUCAUCGCACAAAACAACCAAAAAAUGCUGUACAUAAACAAAGUCUUCAAUGCUCUAUGGGUAAACCAGGAGGACGAUCGGGUUUUACAAAAUUACCAAGGAUUUUACCCUUACAACAUUAAUAAAGUCAUAAUAGACACCCUCAACGAAUGUGAGUGCAAGGUAAUUCAAGCAACUUUUCAAUGUGAGCUUGAAAUUGCAAUUUAUGCGAAACGUAACAAAUGCUUUGGCAUUUUGGCGCAAAACACAGAUUUUAUAAUAUUCAACAGCGCCAAGUACAACUUUUCUAUGAAGCAUCUCGAUUUGGACACGUUGUCGACUGUGGCCUACAUUACCGAAGAAUUAGCCGAUGCACUGCACGUUGAAGUGAACCAACUGCCGCUCAUAGCAACGUUGAUGGGAGGCAACAUUUUCUUGUCGCUGAGUGAACUCCACCCUUUUCAUCAAAAGCUUUUCAAAGAGAAUGAGAAGUAUUCAAGAAAUGAUACGUUUUUGAAAGUGGCUGGGUUUGUCAAAACGUUCGAACCUGCAAACAACUUUAACAACCAACUGCCAUUACUGGCAAGGACUGCACUGGGGACUUCUAAAAAAGCCUACUUGCUUAAAAACUGCCUCAAUACCUACCAAACAAUUUUUCCUCAUGAAGACUUUGCUAUUCAGUACUCUCCAGACAAAAAAUGGUUUGAGGUACAGAAGACCGCAGUGAAUCUGCACCGUAGAGCUAAGCUGCCUCCAAUUAUUUUCUCGGUGAUAUUCUAUUCUCAGUAUGUGGUCCACGUUUAUCCAGAAGAUCCGCACAAAAAAGGGAAACAUUCGACAUUUGGAUUAACAAGGACUCUGAGGCAAAAGCUAUAUGGAAUAGUUUUUAACGAGAAGCCGUUAGAAACUAGAAACACACAAAAAGUUAAAGAAAUAUUCGUUGAUUCAAAGGGGGAAACGCAAAGAGAGCUUAUUAAGCCCAUUUACCCAAAAAUGAACGUUGAUUUGGUCAAGUUGUGGACUGACACUGAAGGCGAUCUGGAUGAGAUAAAAUGGGAUUUGUUCUGCUCGUCUUUAAACAUCCAACGAGAAAUCCUCUUCAUGGAAGAACGCCAUCUUCUCAUACCUGUGGCUUCCCUCAAAUUUUUAUUAAUGAACAAGUUUGACAUUUCAACUUGGGAACUUGAAGCUGCAGUAGCGACGAUGUUACUCCUCCAGUACUAUUCGGUAAGAGAUUUGGAAGCGAUCCCCGAAUUUCCGAUGGACCCUCGUGGCAUCCACCUUUAUUGGUCUUUCAUCAGGGUUUUCGUCGCAAUAGCGGAACUCAACAGUGUCUGUGGCCAUCCGUUGGAUUCUGAAUUGGCAAAUCCUAUACAUUACCAAGAUGGAAAGCUGUUCCUUCACAAAUACAGACAAGCGAAGGACAACAAAUCUUUUGAUAACCUCUGUGAAUUCAGGCAAAAGGAGAUCAGAUCCGAUAAACAUGGAUCGCAUACUGAGAAUGGAAUAUCACCAAGAAAAUAAUUUCUCAGCAGUUUAGCCUUAAGGUGCAGAUCCGUCGCCGCCUUCUGCACCUCAGACCACUUGUCAUCUGGAGAAUACCGAAAUCUAAAAAAAUGGCAAUUAUAUUAUCACUGUUAAGAAAAUAAUAAAAGAUUUAUAAAGCAAAUCACUGAG